GAGAGGAAACAUGACCGCAAAACUGCUCCCGUUGCUUGUAUUAUUAACUCUCAGCUACGUUCCCUGCCCUUCCCACGGGCGUUGCCUUGGACCCCUGGGAACCACGCCCAGUAUCCGAGAUAUUGUAAGAGGCAGGUGUGAAAUAUAUCAACAGUUUGUCAAUCCAGACGCAUUUUGUGAUAACAGGAAAUCCACAAAACGAAACUGUAGUGAAGUUACUGAGACGUUUAUCAAGUCGUUUAGUCACAGAAAACAGUGCAACAUCUCGCUAGGUAGUUUUGACAAUUUUGUCCGUCUGACGCGGCAUGACGUCACUUCCAUAAAGAGAUUGUUCUGGACAGGGGUGUACAGUAUCGUGCACAAGUACAGCAGGGCCACUUCCCGGAUGGUAACUUUGGAAGACACCAUGACAGGUUACCUGAUAGACGGUCUGCGGUUCUGCGCCCAGUCUGACGAUCCCGGGAUGAUUUUCGGGUCUGACUGUCCGGGCUUCAGCGACACGUCAUCAUGUCCGUGGAACGCAGAGUACUCCUUCUGGGCCAGCGCGUCGAAAAAUUUCGCCUGUGAAGCCAGAGGUGAAGCCUCGCUGAUGAUAAACGCGUCACGAAGUCCGGCAUUCAUAGCAAAUUCAUUUUUUGCUACCUGGGAAGUUCCGAACCUGAGUUCCUCAUUGUCGAAGUUGAACAUCCUGAUGGUGACGAUACCCGGAGAAGACAAGAAAGAGACGUGCGGCAGUGAUUCCAUACUUGCUCUGAAAUCUCUACUGACAGACAAAAACAUCACAUCGAGCUGUACAGACGAACCGACAGAUGUCUUGUCGGUUCUGUGUUUGGAUCACCUGGAGAAGGAAGUAUGCAGACGACUACUAGUAAUUACGUCAUCACAAUCGUCCAAUCAACUGUCGUCUUGCAUCAUCUUUAUAUCAAUACUAGCGUUACUUAUGUAGAAAUCAGUGUCUUCAUGAUGGUAGGCAAAGACGUUAUAGCCGGAAGGUAGUGAUGAAAGCUAUGCCAUUGCCGGCACGGUGGAGCGGGGGUGGGGUUUGCAGUGCCGGAUUAAUAAGGGGGAAAAGGGGCAAUUGCCCCUGGACCCCUGCCAAAGGGGCCCCCCAGACUAAGGACAUCCUUUUAAAAAAAAUCUAAUAAUUAUAAAAUUAGUUUCAUUAAAUUACAUGACAAAUAAAAAAAUGAAUUUUAUUUGUCAUGUAAUUUAAUUUUUAUGUUGAGGGCCCCCGAAUCUAAAGUGCCCAGGGCCCCUGCCUCGGGGCCCCCCGAGGUCUAAAUCCGACCCUGGGGGUUUGGGUGGGGAGUGGGGGCCCUAGCCCCCUAAAUAAUUCUGAAUCAAAAACAUUAUUGGUUGUAAAUCUUAAGGCAGAUAUGAAUUUCCCUUAUAGAAUGCAGGAAAUUGCUUUUCAGGACAUCUAGUUUUAAAAAUGUUACGGGAAAGCAUACCCUCGAACCCCCUAGAAAUUUUGCUUUGCGCUCUCGAUCCCAGUCAGCCCGCGAAAGUACUUGUUUCCGCCCAUCUUCAUAAAUCAAGGCUAAUAUUCGUUCCUCGUAUUCAGCCUUGAUACAUGUCAAGAAAUCGUGCCACAAAAUGCUUCAAUUUCAUUGGAUGCGAUAAGAUCUGAUUGCAACGAAUCGC